AACGUGUAUUGCCAUCUCUUUUUGGAGAUUGUUUACAAAGGCUUUUGUUUAUAUUUUAUUGUCUGUGGUAUACAGUGUUAUAAUAAAUUUAAUACAGGCGACAGCGUAUUUAAAUUGAAGUCUUAUUGAAACGCUUUCCCAAUAGUAAAUGCAGUGAAUAGAAAAGGAAUCCCUUACAAUGUCUGGUACUAUAUUGGAGAAUCUUAGUGGGCGUAAGCUUUCCAUAUUGGUGGUUUCAUUGAUGCUAUCUCAAGUGGUAUGUUUCUUACUGGGAGGUCUUUUUGCUCCGGUGCCGGCCGGUCAUCAAAACAUAUUGGGGAUGGUAUGUAAAGAUAAACCACAAAGACAAAAUGAUACAUCCUUCUGGCUGUACUCUCGCGGGGCUGGUCAGUGUGCUUCCAUAUCACAAGAAGAAAUCGAGCAGCACUAUACUAAAAUGGCCAACGAAAUUGUUUAUCUAUUUCAAAUGCCUCUACCAAGGGAUGGUAAACAAUUGGACUACUCUCGUUGGCAGCAAAAUUUAAUUGGAGUCCUGCAAGUUGAAUUAGCCUAUGUGUCCAAGGUUGGCUUAAUAGAGCCCCCAAAGGAAUUGAAAUUGACGAUCGAUGCUCGUUUAGCUUACCGCAACAAAGAUGAUGCGCCAAAUGAUUGGAAACUAUACGCACGUUCCAUAGAACAAAGAUACUUGGAUUGUCACCCGGUACAUACUAGUCAGCAGGAAACAAUGUAUUCAUGCGAAAUGAUUCCCCUUUUUGAACUGGGUGCCCUACAUUACGAUUAUUAUCUUCUAAAUCUUCGAUUUCCUAUUGAUUCUGAUAUGCAUAUGAAUUUAAACAUUGGUCACAUGCAUGACUUGACCUUGACUGCAAUUUACCAAAACGGAGGUUUUACAAAAGUUUGGCUUAGCUUGAAAACGGUAAUGUUUCCAUUCAUCGUCAUUAUAAUGGUUUGGUUUUGGCGCCGAGUGCAUAUUCUACAACGCUCACCGGCUUUACUGGAAUAUAUGCUUAUCUACUUGGGGGGAGCCUUAACGUUUCUGAAUCUACCACUGGAAUACCUUACGCUUAGCUUUGAGAUGCCCUAUAUGUUGUUGCUGAGUGAUAUACGUCAAGGUAUUUUCUAUGCUAUGCUAUUAUCUUUCUGGCUAGUCUUUGCCGGGGAACAUAUGUUAAUCCAGGAAUCGCCACAAAAGAACUCAAUACGUUCGCGGUAUUGGAAACACCUUUCGGCUGUUGUGGUUGGAUGCUUGUCGCUUUUUAUUUUUGAUAUAUGCGAAAGAGGUGUACAGUUGCGAAACCCAUUUUACUCCAUAUGGACAACACCAUUGGGUGCAAAAGUUGCUCUUAGUUUCAUUGUACUAGCCGGUAUAUCAGCAGGGGUCUAUUUUAUAUUUUUGUGCUUUAUGGUUGGUAAAGUCUUUCGUAAUAUUGGUGCUAAAAGAACCUCAUUGCCAUCUAUGUCACAGGCCCGUCGCUUGCAUUAUGAAGGUCUUAUUUAUCGCUUCAAAUUCUUAAUGCUUGCCACGCUUUUGUGUGCUGCACUGACAGUAAUCGGUUUUAUUAUGGGCCAAGUGGCGGAAGGACAUUGGAAAUGGGACGAAGACAUUGAAAUUCAAUUGACAUCGGCAUUCUUGACAGGAGUUUAUGGCAUGUGGAACAUUUACAUAUUUGCCCUACUCAUCUUAUAUGCUCCCAGUCACAAACAAUGGCCAUGUUCGAACUCAAAUGAAACAUCACAAUCUAACGAGAAUAUUGUUGCCGCAGCUGCUAAUGAAGAAAUCGAAUUUAACAAUCUGCCUUCGGACACCAAUCCAAGUGAAAUAUCAUCACUAACUUCAUUCACAGGCAAAGUUGCUUUUGAUUAGAAUUAAAAAAAAAACAUAAUUUAUUAAUCGCAUCCAAUUUAUAUAAGUACUUAUUAAGAAAGCAUUACUACCAUAUAACAUAGAAUUUUAAUAACUUUUCACGCAGACUCAUUUCUAUCUUUUUUUGCAAAACAAUAAGUUAUUUCUAUUAUGAACGUUUACGAAAAUAGCUUACCGUCGUUCUCCUUCUAUGUAGAUGUUCUAGUUCUUUACUUUUUUUUAGUUUAUAAGUUUCACAUUAUCGAACUAAAUAUUCACCGCUUCAUCUUGACAUUAUUUCAAGUUGUUGUUUUGAACAUUAA